GGCCGGGCAUUGUGUGCCGCGGGUACCGGCGCGGCCCGGUGCCGGUAUAUAACCCCCCUCGCCUGCGUCCUCUCGAACACCGCCGCCGCCAUGAAGCUGCUUCUGUUUGUCUGCGUGUGUGCGCUGGUGGCCGCCGAGCCGCAGCCGGGCGUCCCGUCGACGCCGCAGCUGGCCGGCGUGCUGACCAACCUGUACCGCCGCUUCCUGCACACGGUGGCCCCCAAGCAGCUCGAGCUGCAGGAUGCGCUCGAUAUAAAGUGGAGCGAUGGCUUCCUCGCCGGACCUGCCUUCUAUUCUCCGAUCAAUGCCACUUUUGACGGCAAGGAGAGAACUGCGUUCUCCUUCAUCAACUUUCUGAUCAACCCAGGACAGGCGGGCCACCUGGGCCAGGGGAGCUGGGUGAAGAACGACGUCUCCGAGGUGGUUUUCAUGUACCACUACGGAGCAGCCGUGAAGGUGCAUCUGAUCUCCGAGGACGGCAGCUACAGAACGGAGGUGAUGGGGAACCCGCUGGACCACAAGGGCUCCAGGUUCCUGGUGUAUGUGCCACGGGCCACCUACAGCGUGUUCGAGUCGCUGUCGGGAGACGAGGCCACCUUCCACUCCUACAUUGACAUACCAGCGUGGUCCAGGGAGCAUCACCAGGAGUUUUCUGCCGAGGAGAUGGCGACCACCUUCCCUCAGCACGCGCAACUGUUUCACCACCUGGCCAAGCCGGGGCACCACGGCCACACUGCCCGACGUUAGACCUGGGGACAGCCGCGGCCCGCCGUCACUGAUAUCGCGCUGCAGGCACCGUCCUGACGCCAUUAUCCUGCGCUGAUGGCGACUGUAUCAUGGUGAAGGGGGUUUGACCUGUAGGCUGUGGUCUGUUAUACCUGCUAGAGUUUUCUUCAUGAAUAAAAAAGGAAAGGCGGUGUAGUAAGUGGCACGCCCUUUCAUAAAUGAAACAUAUCUAAGCUUCCAAUAUAUUUGUUACUGAUGAACCAUAUUCUGGUCACGUGAAACAUCCUCGCUCCCUUGCGCCUCGCAGCUGUACAGUGUACAGGGUGUCUCAAAAAAAGUGUCACGGUUUUGAACAUCUCCCAUUUCCUAACUACAUGACCUACAUCGUUCAAAUUUUCCAGAUUUAGUGGCAAUAUUAUGACAUUUUGUGUGGCAGAAUUUCAAGUUCCUAAGAAAAAUUGUUUUUGCACCAGAACAAAAAAUAAAAAACUCAAUAUUGGGCGCUAUAGGAGAUGGUAUACGUCACAGUCUGCCGACGAUUUCGCUAAGACUCCGGCUUUUGCUUGUUGCAUCCAGCAACAUGCUCGUCAGUAAUUAUCUACAACUAUUAGAGACCAAAAACGUCACGCAAAACAGACAAUGGAAUUGCAAUCACCCAUUAGUCUCAGAACAGCGCCGUUGCCAUGCCUGACUCUUUCGUCAAAAGCUGCAGUCGCUGACACCGUGCAAAGGACUUGUGACACACUGUCACAUUGCGCACACCCAGAAGCUGUGCACGUUUGAGUAGGAAUUUUAAAACUGUCCAUCAGCUAUCCUUUCUUCUCUUUAUGUGUUUCGGAACAAAACCGAGUAGAGGAUUUUGUCAUCAAAGAUGAAGCCGUCGACUGUCGAGGCAUUGAAUCUCGCGUCGUCUGAAAAUCAGUGUUGAUCGUUGACCAUGUUUGUGGCUGUGCUUCAGCUUGCUGCUGUGCUCCAGACGGCAGUUGUACACGGUGUUCUUACUUAUAAAGGUUUCAAAAAUGUAUUGCUGAGCUUGUUUCUGGAUUCAUGAUCAGGCGAAAGGGGCCCAGACUCUUCAGGAUCGACGGCAGGCUGUGACCUAUCAUCUCC